AUGCGAAAAGGAAGGAAACCAGCGCCUGCUGUAAGGCGUGAAAUUAAUGAAAGGCUAAUUGAAGAAAUUGAACAAAUGGCUCAACAACUUAGCGCAUCAGUACCAGCUUCAUCACCUCAACAUCUUGCAGCAUUAAUGUAUUUUAGCAAUUUAGCUAAUCGGCUAACUUUGGAACAAUGUCGUGAAAUUCUCGAGGAAACUUCUAGUGAAUUCGUCAUUUGCACAUUGGUUCAAAAUUCUGCUCUCAUUGUCAUCAGAAAAUGGACAACAUUAGAACCUAGAAUUAAAAGAGAUCAUUUUGAUUAUUUCUUAGGAAGAGCUUUAUUCAAAUAUGGAAAAUCACUGAAAAUUCGAGCCGAAAUGUUGAGAUCAUGCGCUAAACUAUUGAAACGUUCCACUUUUGAUGGCCAUGCAUGUGAUUUCGAUUCAUUGGCAUCAAAAUUUUAUGUUCUAUUUACUGAUCGUGAACCUGAAAUUCAUCGAAUAACAUACGAAUUUUUUGUUAUAAUUUUGGAUGAAUUUGAUAAAUGCUGGAAAGCAGAUAAUAUUGGCCUCCCAUAUGAUUUUCAACUUUAUGCUAAACUUGCUUUUGAGGAAAGAGGUUUGUUAGAAAUUUUUUCUAAAUGUAUACGUAUUAUUUCUCAACAUUGUGUUUUCGUUGGUGAUUUCAAUGAUUCUCGUAGUUUAAGUAUGAUAGAAUAUUUGCUACGAAUAUCAGUUUUUAUCUUUAAACGAAAUUUUGGAAUUCAUCAUUUUUCCAAAAAAAGUGGUAGAGCAAUCAGAGGACCACCAAAAACAUGGAAGCCAUUAUUUUUAUGGAAUGAAUUCUUGCAAAUUUUCUUUAAAUUACACAAAUUCUUUCGUAAUGAACGCUCCAUUUCAUUGCUAACAACAAAUUGUAUAACUGAAUUAGCAUCAAUACGUGAUGUCGUCCUAAUUGAUAUCACACCUGAUUCAAAUUUUAAAUUAGUGUCAUCAAGUGGUAUACCAUUUGUUACAGCAUAUGAUAGAUAUAUAUCAGAUUUUCUUGCAAAUCUUAUUUGGAUUUUUAAUAGUGAAGCAGUAAUGCCAGAAAUAUAUAAUUAUUGCUUGAUAAUUGUUAAUGUCUUAUCAAAUCAUUCAAUUUAUUCACUUGCACACGCUGAAGCAUCAUUUCCAACUUUUAUAUCAUUCAUUCCGAUAUUAAUGAAAACUUUUGCAGCAAAAUUAUUGGAUUCGAAACAGCGAAACGAAAAUGAGGAUGGAAAUGAAACUGCUGCUAAUGAGGCGCAAAGUGGCACAGUUACAUCACAAAAAUGGGCAUACAUUAGCGCCAUUCAGUACUUACUAAAAGGAUGGUCAAUUGUUUUGCAAAAUGCGCAAUUUGUAAAAGAGUUGACAGGACGUUGGUUUGAAGGUUAUAAAAUGACAAUGUCAAUAAUUUCAUCAUUUAUGCAUGCAAUAUUUUCUGUUCCAUUUGGUGAACGAGAAGAGAUUUCAGUACCAUUACCUGAUCGUGAAAUUUUCAAAGAAAUAUUAGUAAAAAUAGGAUUAUUUUCAUCAUAUUUCUUUGGUCAAACAUUACCAAAAAUAUUUACAAUACUUGCUGAAACAGUAGAAGAAUUUCUUUCAACAAUGGAAACACAUGUAACUGUAGAGGAUUUAAAUAUGUGGCGAGAAAAUAUGCAUUGGAUUUUACUUAUUGUUGGUCAUAGUUUAGUCGAGGAAGAUGACAAUCAUAAUUGUAUAUUUCAAAAUAGUAUAUUAAAUUAUUAUGAAAAUGUUGUAACAAGAGAAGAUAAUGAUUUUAGUACUUAUGCAUCAUAUAUUAAAGCAUGUAUUGAUGAACCGCAAGAUUUAACUGAUCCAUCAGAUGUUGAUUUGGUGAUAAAAAUAAUUGGUACUGUAUUUGCAUGGUUCUCAAUUGAAGAUAUAUUUCUAAAAGAUCAUGGCAUGGAAGCAAUAAGCAUAGAAUUGUGUGGCACAUCGCUGUGGUGCGCAAAACGUUUAAUUUCAGCGCUUGGAAGACAUAUUCAAAUUUUUGGUGGAAAAGCAAAUCAAUUAGCUAAAGUAUCAAAAGAUAUUAUUCAAUUACUAAUUGAUUUUGCAUUGCAAAAAUCAUUUCGAAUACUUGAAUGUAUGCCAGAUGAUAAAAAGAUCUGUACGGAUGCAAUUGAAUUACUUUCUACUUUAGCAUAUACAACAUGCCGUGAAACAUCAAAGAGUAUUUAUUUAUAUUCAUAUUUAACAACCAUAAACAUUGAGCAAAUAGCACUUCGUUCAUCGCUGCUAAAAGUAUUAAUACAAUUUGGCAGUAUAAUUAAUGAUGAAGGAAAACAGCAAAUUUUACAUGAAAUGAUUUUAAUACCUAUAAGAGAAAAAUUUAUGGCAGUAUGUGAGGAACCAAUAGCAACAAGUGAAAAUGUUAAAGAUUUAUUGGAAUAUUUUUGUGCAAUAGCUGAUGCAACACAAAAAUGUUUAGCAGAUUUUCUAUUUGAAUAUCUAAAACCAGUGCUAAAUUUUUGCAUUGAUCUAUUAUCACUGUAUGGAAAUUCGAUAUCAGUUGUUAAUGCUAUUCUUCAAUUUUUUAAUUGCUUCACAAAACGAUUAUCAAUCUAUUGUGAUAAUCAUAAUAAUAUGCUAUUCAUUUACGAUAUGCUAUUAGAACUUGUUCAAAUGUAUGAAGUGGAGCAAGCAGAACGAUAUAAGACAUUCGUUAGUAAAGAGAAAGCAACAGAUUUAAUUAUUUUAUUAGAAAUUCUCAUAAAUGUUUUGGAUAAACGAAAUCGACCGGUCAAUUUGUUAACUGGUAAACCAAUACUUACAGAAAGUCGUUCACAGAUUAUUGUUAUGGCAUGCAAUGUGCUAUUAGCAUUAAUCAGAUAUGAUUUCUUUAAAUUACCGAUGUUACGUAAGAAUUUUUAUCGUUUUCUCAAAAGUUCAACUGAAGUGGCAUCUGAAUGUAUUGCAAAAUUACCAGAAGAAAAUUUUGUUUUACUUGUGGACUAUCUUAGACGUGGCUUGCAAUCAGAAAGUGAAAAAGAUGAUUUAUUAUGUUCAGUAAAAGAUGUUUUUGAACAGGAGGUUUCAAUUAAUUCAGCAAAUGCAAUAACUAAUUUGGGUAUUUAUUUUACUAAACAUAUAAGAAAUGAAGCAGCAAUCAAAAAUUUUUCCAUUCUUAUUGAACCUACAUUUAAAAUCUGUUUGAAUGCUACGUGGCAAGAAGAUGUGCAAAGUUUACCUUUAUCAGCAGCUUUAUAUUCAUUAUCAUGUUGUGAUGAGGAUGAAUGUAAAACGUAUAUCAAAAAUUUAUUAUCACGUGAAAUAAAUUAUCCAAAUCGAACGUUACUACGUAGUGCUUUUCGUAGAUUAAUGGCUGAUACACCGGGAAAACGUCUUCAAAAAAGUGAACAACGCAAUUUUCAUGAACGUUUGAAGCAUUUUUUAAUUGAAACAAAAGGCCGACUUACUAUUGAAUGA